AUGUGCGCGCUACAAUUAUGCCUCAUUAAAAAAGGUUUUGGUACUUCAGAAUUCAAUCCAACAUUAACUAAUCAAGAUGAAAUAUCGAAAAAUCUGAUUUGUGAUUCACAUAAAGACAAACGUAGUAAAUCACUUGGUACAAGUUCAGUGUUUACUAACAAGGAUUCACAAGAACAAACUGUUAUUCCAAAUGUACACUUUCAAAUUGAGAACUCAAAUGAGGAAUCUAUCCCAUUAACGACCUAUGUUUCCAAUGAACAUCAGCUUGAUGAUAUGCAGAUAAUCGAUCCCUAUAAAAUUCACCACGAUGGUACAAAUGCACAAAUAUACGAUUCCUACAAUAACAAUGUUGAAUAUCAAAUUCAAGACCUUUCAAAACGACUUGAUUUACUAGAAACAAAGUUAAGUCAAGACAUGUCAACUGUUUUAACUAUACUCCAGCGCCAAUUUCCAUCAGAGGCACCUUCAGUUAGUGAUACAAUAAACGAUAAUGAAUCCUUUGAAACAGUUAUCUAUAAUCCAAAAACAAAUUUAUAA